GCGAGGAAAGAGGAAUGGCAGAAAGGACAUGGUGGGUGGGAGGUGAGACGGGUGGGAGGGGGCCACCCGAGGACCAGGCUGCUCUGCCCAGCCUGGCAGGCUUUCUGUGGGAGCUCCAGAAAGAGGCAGAGCUUCUGGAAAGAUGAUGGUGGGGAAUUCUCUAGAAUAGUUUAAAGAUGCCAGAUCCAUGAGUCCCCAAACCCUUUCUUUCAAUAAUUAAAAAUGAGCCCAGACCUGGAUAUACAUCAUAGUGAAACUGAAGGAAACAAAAGGAGAAUACAUUUUUCUCACCAUUUCUCUGCCAAGUAGUUUGUGUUUCCUACGUAGAUCAUCCUGUUACAUCAUACACCGAUGACAACUGGUGUGUUCCUUCUUCAUUAGCAAGUGAAUCUACAAUAAAUGUUUAGAGACAAUAAAAAAAGUUAGCAAGAUUGCUUGUAAAAGUAGUGCACAAAAUAAAAUGUGUUUGUACUCCAGAAACAGAAAAUAAUUUAUGAACGUAACGAUGCAAAAAUCGAAAGACAGCAGCCAGGCCAGGAUGUGGAGGAGCAGGCAGUGCCGUGCCCAGCGUCCCGCCUCUGCACACUGUCAAGGCUCGUGGAUAAGGAUGCUCACAGCAGGACUGAGAAAUAGGCCCAAGUGGCAAACAGCCUAUAAAGGCCCAUCAGUGGUAGAACCGACUUUCAAAAGUGUGGCAAGGUCGCUCGGAGGCGUCGCGCGCGGCCUGGCGGCGGGCACAUCGAGGGCCGGGGUUGGCCUUCUCCAGCUCCGAGCCCUGGGGUCCGGGAGGGACCCGGCAGCCCCGCGCCCCGCUCUCCCCGCCCGCCCGCGCUACAGGCCCCGUCCGGGCGGGCUCCCUGCCAACGGGAAGUAAUGCCACCAUUUUAUCAAAGAUUUGCAAAAAUAGACUGUAUCAAAAAAUGGAUAGAACUCAAACAACUUGAUUAUUUAGGUAUUCCAUUGUUUUAUGGAUCUGGUCUUACUGAAUUCAAGGGAAGAAGUUACACAUUUAUGGUAAUGGAAAGAGUAGGAAAAGAUCUGCAGAAGAUCUCAGAACAGAAUGGUACUUUUAAAAAGUCAACUGUCCUGCAGCUAGGUAUCCGAAUGUUGGAUGUACUGGAAUUUAUACAUGAAAAUGAGUAUGUUUAUGGUGAUAUAAAGGCAGCAAAUCUACUUUUGGGUUACAGAAAUCCAGAUCAGGUUUAUCUUGCAGAUUAUGGACUUGCCUACAGAUAUUGUCCUAAUGGGAACCACAAACACUAUCAGGAAAAUCCUAGGAAAGGCCAUAAUGGGACAAUAGAGUUUACCAGCUUGGAUGCCCACAAGGGAGUAGCUCUGUCCAGACGAAGUGACCUUGAAAUCCUUGGCUACUGCCUGCUGCAGUGGUCAUGUGGGAAACUGCCCUGGGAAGGGAACCUGAAGGACCCUGUGGCUGCAGAUGCAGAGAAAGGCUAGCCUGCAGAUGCAGAAUAAUAGACUACAUUUUUAAAUACUGACAUACAUUAUAUGAAAUAUUUCUCCACAUGGAAUCUUGAUCCUCUUAGCCCCUCUUCUAAAACUAACACAUUUAUAUAAGUCAAUAUUAGAACAAUCUAAUCAGUUAUUUACUGCAGUAAUUAGUGUGCCCAUAUUAACCCUCAUGUAACUGACAUUUUUCAAUAAAUAAGUCAAGUCAAAGCAUAGUAAUCAGCAUAUAUAAACAGUCUCAUAUCCAAUUUUUCUCAAUUUAAUUUGAAUAAUGUACUUUAUUUUAAAAACUAGCAUUUUAAUUCUAAUGAUUGUAUCUAUUUUUUUACUAAGACUAAUACAAUUUUAGCCCUGUUAAUAUGCAUAUAUAGAUGUAUUCAUUGUAGAUACUUAAUGAAUAUGCCCAAACAAUAAGACAUCAUGUAUAAUAGUAAAAUGUAAUGCUA